AUGGGCAAGAAAUCAAAGAAGACUUCUGCUGCGAGCACAACCCCAACACCAAUCGCUCCAUGGAUUUACAUCAAUGACCCCAAGGAUGGCAUCCCACACAUUGGACAUUUGCACACCAUGCUCCCAGUCUCUACUAUCGUCUACCGCAAUCACUCAUCCAACAACAAACCAUCCCUGGCAGAUCUUCUCCUGACCAACCUCACUUCCACCACUGAAAUCCCUCUAAUCGCCGAACAAUACUCUGAAUCAAGGGACGACACUUCGAAGAAGCUUGCAACCGCCACAGCCCUCCGCGAUGCUGCCAUCAAACGCGGUUGCAACUUUGUGAGCGUCAACAUCUGGGACGGCAACACCCUUGGUCCUGAAAUCGACGAUCUCGCCAGAUACGGAACCAACCACCUCGAGAUCAAGGCAGAAGGAGAUGAUGAAGAAAGUCAGAGAAAAGUCGCCGAGAAGAUCUAUCGAUGGCUUUUCAAGGUUCUAACACCGCAUGAGACCAUCCAUCUAAUCCCCGAGUCCGAAAUGCUGGUCAGAGACACCAAGUCUUUCCCCGACUACGCCUAUUGCCCCAUCAGUGACAGCAGACUUCAUCCAAAGGAUGCCAAGAUCCAAUUCGUCGCUAUCGUCCUCACUCGACCCGUGGUCACUUCCGACCAGAAACUGACUUGGAGUGUGGCAGACAGAACUGGCGUGGUGAGCAUGAAUCCCAUCACGUUUGAUGGAAGACAGGCAGACACUAACACAUAUCCAUUGCAGGCCAACUUCUACUUCCAAUACCGCGGCACCAGCAGCCAAUACACGUGGGACUGGUGUCUGGCACUGCAACCGGGCGACCGGCGAGCCCUGCCGCGGAUGCCCAUGGUCGAGAUCAAGGAGCGCAAGCGCGUUAGAAUCGCCAAAGCGCCGUUCCGCGGCAUCGGGCUGGCCAUCAGCGGCGCAGGCCUCACGGUGCGUGCGAUCGGACACGGUGUGGCAAAGCUCGGCUCGGCCGUCAAGAUGGGCCCUUCCAGCAAGUGGGUUCCUGAGGCUGACGUCGUGGACGGCAAGAUCGCCGAUUGGGCCAAGAUCUGGAACGAUGAGAAGCAGCAGAUCAAGUUGAAGGUCGAGAGUCAGAUCAGCAAGAACCAUCCUCCCGUCAAGGUGUUCAAUGAGAAGGGCCAGAAGUUGUGGAAGGACGAUGACAGUAUUGCCAGUACACAGGCUGGUUUGGAUGGUGUCAAGGAGAAGGAGUUCGUGUGA